AUGGUCCGGUUCGAGACAGGCGAUGAGCAAAGCCACUCAAAGUUCUUCACCAAGCUUUACCCCGAGAUCAAGCGUGAGAUAUUUCUCCAUCUCUUUGGCUCUCGCCAUGUGCAUUUAAUGUUCGUCAAAGGCCGCGCCUUGGACGACGGCAAGAAGUUUUGGAGACACGGCCAUCCGCCUCUCACACAUUUGGGCUGGCUGCACUGCGUGUGUAGGUCUGGGGCGAAACUUCUUCCCCAUAAGCACCACGAGGAAUGUCACAAGUGGAGAUUUUUGUCGACUAACAUCCUGUGGACUUGCAAGAGGGCCUACGAAGAGGGCAUCGACCUUCUCUACAGCACAAACACCUUUCUUUUCCAGGAUCCGAUCGACCUUGUCAACUUCAACACCAUAGCUACCGAUCAUGUGCGCUAUCUUCGCUUCCUGGAACUUCAAAUGUCCCUCUAUGAACCAGAGACAUGGCGAAAGGAGACUGAUGCUUUCAGGCUCGUGACUUCGACGCUACUUGAGUGGGACAGCUGGUACUCCCUCAGGCGGGUAAAGAUCCGUGUGGUCGAUGAGAUGGAAGACCCUGUUCCCAAGAAGCAGAAGCAAAAGGCGCGAAAGGAAUCCCAGAGGGAGUUUGGCCGUGCUGUAAGGGCGCUCGCGGAGAAAUUCAGCGUCGAGGUGAUCUUGGGUGACAAGGGCGACAAGGAGAUUAUCCAGCCGCGUUUGCUGGAUAAGCCCGGGCUCACAUUUGUCAAUGCUAGUGAGCAUUUUACGGGUCGGCGGGGAAACGAGGACCAAGAGAUUGACUCGGAUGAUGGUGACGCUUUUCACCACGUCAUUAGUCGCGUCUUCUGGGCCGGAAGAUGA